AUGGGUAGGGGAAGGGUGACAUUGGAACGGAUCGAAAACAAGGUCAGUCGACAGGUAACGUUCUCAAAACGUAGGUCCGGUUUGUUGAAGAAAGCUAAUGAGAUCUCGGUUCUUUGUGAUGCUCAUAUCGCUCUUAUCAUCUUCUCCCCCAACGGAAAGCUUGUCGAGUAUGCCACACAUGCUUCAAUGGAAAGCAUCCUUGAGAGAUAUGAAAGUCAAUCAAACAAAGAAAGGCAGCUUAAUGGGAUCAAUCAUCAAACACAGGGAAGCUGGACUUUGGAACAUGCAAGGCUGGAGGCUAAAAGAGAAAUCUUGCGGAAAAAUAAGAGGAAUAUGAUAGGUGAAGAGAUUCAUUCCUUGAGUCUCAAAGAGCUUCAGAACUUGGAGCAACAAAUCGAAAUAUCUCUUAGACGUGUUAGGUCGAAAAAGAACCAGUUGAUGCUUGAAUCAAUUUCGGAGCUCCAAAAGAAGCACAAGGCCUUGCAGGAUCAAAAUAAUCGGCUCUCAAAGGAGAUCAAAGAAAAGAAGAAAGAACUCACCAAACUGCCAACCGUGGAGCACCAGAUUCAUGUGAAUGAUACCUCGUUUCCAUGGGGCACCUUGAACCCUGGUGAGACAUACUUGGCUAGACGUAAUGGAGAUAAAGAAGAAACACAGAGACAAGAUCAACGGCUGCCUCAUUGGUUGGCUCAUUAUAGGAUCCCGUAG